AUGACAUAUCAUAAUCGUGUAGUAGUGUGCCCAUUAACAAAAUCCUCUCAAUGUGUGCGUAAUAUUUUCAAAAACAAACAGCCUUGUGUAGGUGCACAUGUUGGCCUUAUAAAGGCUUGGGCGGCGCGCUUAUCGUCCUAUAUAAUCACAGGAGCUUUCGCGCACCGCUACUGCCUUCGGUUGCCGAUCAAACCGCCUACCGAACGUUUCGAAAAUACUCGUUCUAAAGUGAAGUUGCAGUUGUUUGUUUGAAGUUCUUAUUUCAAAUUACGCGCUUCUUUUAUAUUCUGUUUGUCCCGUGUGUGAUGACCAUCCAGCGAUGAUGUACAGCCCCGUGCCGUUGUUGCUCCUUGUCCUCACAAGUACCCUCGCAGCUCCUGCCAUGUAUGACGACUACACGGAGGUGGUCCCCCAGAAACGAGCAGCCUUGGUCCUGGACAGGCUGCUGGUGGCUCUGCAGAAGGCGCUGCAUGAAGACAAUGGGCCGCAGCGAGGGUACCAGCGCAUCGACCCCAACGGACCGAGAACAGCACCACUACGCAUUGCUGACGAUGAGAUGAAUGAUUUGAGUGCACUACAGCGGCGUGGUAGCGGCAAUGGUCGGGGCAGAGUCCUGCGAUGUUACUUCAACGCCGUCACCUGCUUCUAA